GGCCCCGGGCGCACGGCGGGGCCCGCGGGUAGCGACCGCCGCGGCUGCGGCCGGGGUGGACCGCUGGAAUCCCUGUGGCCGCUUUGCCGUGGUGCCUCGGGCCCGCCUCUCGACCCAGCAGGACGGACGCGGGGUAGGGGGGAGCUCUAGCCCCCCGGACCCCUCCCUGGGGUUGCAAUUUGCCUGUAUUGCGUCCUGCGGGCUGCGUGUGCGUGCUGGUGGGGGGGGGUUCGUUCUUCUUUCUCCUUUUUCCCAUUCCCCUCUCUAAAAGCCUGUGCCUCUGUAGCAACUGUAAAUAUUUGUUUGGAGGGAGGUGAGGGAAAGCUGUUUCGGUUGUUUGCUCUGUGGCAUUUGUAGCUAUCAUUUUUUGUUUCCCUUUUUUCUUUUUCUUUUUAACCUGGGGGCGCAACUUAGGGGCGGGGGAAGUGAGGUGUUUGCUGAGGGAAAGGCAUCGCUUUCUCCGUUUCCAAGAUACUGGCCCUUUCAUGCAGCGCUGGGGCAGGAGCGGGGCCCGCAGCGGUCUCCGAUGCGCCCCGACCACCUGUUGGCAGGGGCAGAGGAUGGAUUGAUCGCAGCAGCCUGUCCAGAGUCCAGGGCUUCCCUGCAAAAUUGGUAUCUUUGUGGCUGCCGGUAGCAAUAGCUGCUUGUGUAACAUAGGUACCUGUUCCAACAGGAACUGAGCAGAAGCAUUUUUCUCCUCCUCAGUCCUCUCGCAGCUCACAUUAUAUUUUACUGACUGACUGACUGUAAUAACUUUGCGUAUGCAGAUCUGGACUUGUCGGCUACAUAAAAUGGCUUUAAACCCACUAGGGCAGUAGACUAGAGUGUAUUUGGAGUCCUGUUGCAAAAUCUGCUGUUAAUACAAAUGCGCUUCGUGGGAGAAAGGCUGCACUAGCCUUAGGUACGUGCUUCAGCUUUUCCCUGAAAAAUGGCAAAGCAGGACCAAAUGAGACUCGUCACAGGUCUGGUCUUAGACUUUCACUUUGUGUUUUAUAUAUAAAGCUGGUGUUUAUAAAUAAUAAUAAAAAAAAAUAAACAGGAAAGGGCCCAUUGACUGCGCGUAUCCCCUGGAAGCUCGGCUGGCCGCCUGCGCCUUUGAUAGCGUGCUGCGUGUAGCCGGCUAUUGUUUCCGCCGGGUGCGCGCUGUGCGCUUCUGCUCGGGGUGUCCGGCAAAAGGUGUUGGCUUCACCUGCUCCCAGGGACGCCGAGGAAGUUGUCGUAGAUCCCGGCGGCUUCGGAGGUUGCUCUUUCCGGGGAGCCCCGGAGGAACGUGAGCGGGAGGGAGCGGAGGGGGAAGAGCAAGUGGCAGGGUGUGUAGGAGCUAACCCUGUGAGCCGUUUGCUGCUUCAGCAGCCAUGAUGUAAAUUCAGGGUGCCUUGUUAACCAGCAAGGGCUGCCCUUCAGCAGCUUGCUGUUGUGCCCUCUGUUUUCUCACCAGCUGCUUAUUUCAUUGUAUGUUGUAAAAAAACAUUCUAAUUCCUGCAGUGCUUUGGAGCUGCAAACCUCUGGCGCACCAGUAAAUAAAAAACAGAAAACAACCCCCUUCCUAAAAAAAAAAACAAUAAACAAACUAGUGUCUCUGCAAUGAUCUUUACAGUGUGGUUAUAGGUAGGUUUUCUUUGCUUGUCUGAAAUAAUGCAGGAAGAUAUUGUAGGGAACACUCUUAGGCCAGCAAAUUUCAUUACUAAUGCUGCUUAAAAUAUGUAUUUAGUCAGUUAAAUCAGAUGCACACUAAACGGUCUGUAAUUUAUAUUUUAUAACUUUCCAAGAAAGACUUUUCUAACUGGAAAUUAAAAACGCUGUCCAACAAGAAUUCUUGAACUCUUUCAACUCCUUGGCCAGACAACUUGGAUUUUUUUUUAUUUAUCUUUUUUCCCCUGAGUAUGCAGUCCAUUGCCAGUAGUAGAUGCACCGGAAAUCUCUGUUGCGAAAGGAGUGAAGUAAAACGUCAGUUCUCUUAACAGCAAACAAAGUUCACUGGGUGUCGACCGAUGGAAAUAUGUUCUCUGCCACAUAUCCAUAGAGUAGUUAGAUAGCUGAGUAGAGCAAUUGUGCUCUCUGCUCAUCUCGAGGGAGAAAGCUGUGAUGGCAUUACAAGGAUGAAGCGUUUGCUAGUACUGAACUUUUAAAGUCAGACCGUCGCGUGUAGCUGUACAGGGGUGGGAGCAUUCUUUUGUCUUCGUUAUUUAAACCACUGGUUUUCCAGCGCCCAUUUUCUUUGGUUGUGGACCCUUGUUUUUUUCCCAGUGGAAGAACAAACUUUGCUAAGGGGCUUUAAUUUGCAGUGAAGGUCUGUUUUUCUAACAGUUGCUGCUUUUUGUGGGCCUUGGAAGUAACCUGUGGACUUCUAGGUACUGCACAUUAAAACCACUAAUCUAAAGAACUUCUAUUUAGACUCCUAAAAGAAGUGCCAGUUGUCUGGGAAUGGUUGAGCUUUGGUUCUAAGCUUUGAAAAGCAUCUAUAACUGAUCCGCCUAUCUGCCUUGCUGUGCUGUUGGUUUGUAGGACUUUCCUCCACAGUACUGGUGUGGUAUGGGUGUUUCCUCAGCUCGUUUCCUAACGAGUUAAAACACAAAAUGGGUGUCAGGCUAGAGCCUGGAGAGGGAGUUUGGAGCCACGUGCCUAUUUUCUGAGUUGAAGAGCAACAAUAGCAGAAGUGUCAAGCCUUCUUUUAAUUAACGUAUUGAGGAUGAGACUUCUGUCAAUUCACUUAUUUAAAAUUCAUUUAGAAGCUCUCCUUUUGUGUCACUUUGGUAGAAGCGAGGAAAACUCUUCCUUUAAAGGCGAGAGCAUGUUCUUGCUGCCGUCCCCCUACCCCCUUCGUUCUGUGUGUGUUCUCCUGUCUGUUGUGGUGAGUCGAUGUCAGCCCACCUUGUGCCCGGGGGACUGCAGCCAGCUUGAAAAGAUUGGGACCCUCUUGCUUCUAACUUUAAAUAUCCUAGUAUAACUUUCAGUUUCUGGGUGGCAUAUGCAAAAGUGCUUUUUAUAGCAUUUUGCAGUUAAUUUUAACUCUUGUGUUUUAUAUUACAGUAGUGGGUCAGUAGACUUUCAGAAACGCUGCAAGGGACAAGAGGUGGUGGUAGUUGUGAGCUGAAAGUAGAUGGAGAACUUGGUAAGGUAGCAAGAUGCAGGAAAGGUAUUUGAGAUGGUGGCACUGUACCUACAGGAGAGCAGACUCAUGCCUGCGCCCUCAGCUGCCUUUCGGAUGGCGUGGGGCAGUCGGCGUGUCCAGAAGUGGCCUGGCACUUGGUCCUGGAGGCUGCGACCGUAGGUGAGGUGACUCUGAGGCUCGGAGCACUGCAGUGCAAGAUGGGCGUUUUUGGACUGAAACGUAUCCUGGUGGAUGGAUGUGGGAAUCCUAGUAGUCCUGGGGCACAGCAUUGACCCUGUGCAGCAGAAGAAUGGGGAUGAAGACAAAGAUGUCUUUUCCAUUAUGUUCAAAGAUAGCUUUGAGUGUCCAUAGUCCUGCCUUUUAAAAAUGAACCCCUGGUUGUUCUCUUGAAGCGCCGUUCUUGGGGUCUGGUCAUGCGGUUGAAUGAGUAGCAUGAAGGGACUCUUGGAUUAGUCCUCUGCUCCCUUGCCCCAGGAGAAUGGAUUUCAUUCCUAGCUUAAUCUAUGGCAAAGCACAUAGUGGUAAUGGUUAUUCUUUCUUUAUUUCAGCACAGCAUAUAGUGAAACACUGAAAGGCAUUUGUUUCUUCCAAGCAUGUUUACACAUGUCCCUCCUCAUUACAGCAUCUAAAAAAACAGCAGAGGUACAAACCCAAUUGUUUUCCAUUUCUCUCGUUAACGUUAUGUUGCAGCAGCAUUAAAAUAUUGCUGCUAGAUUGGCUCUCAUUAAGUUAGGUGCUGUACAGAGACAUAAUAAAUUGCAGCUCCUGUUUCAGAGUCUUACAAAGGCUCUAAAGUCAGGAGAAUCGUUGUUCUUCCAGGCUUGAUUCAAACUGGUGAAAAAGAACAGCAGUUUACAAUCUCUGCAAGAAUCUGUUUAUCUGGUAAAUAUGUGGGUGAUUAUUGGCAAUUUUACCAAUGAUAGUCUUCAGGUUAAUUAGCUUAAAACAUCCUAAUCAGGUAGCAUUUUACCUUGGGGCGGGGGGGAAUCUUGCCUAACACAGCUUCAGGAGUUUCUGGAAAAUACAUUCCAUAAGGUGAUUAACACCAAUACAUAAAAUUUUGAUGUGAAACUUUGUCCUGCCCAGCUGCAUAGACGUCUUGACACAUGCAUUCAUGUGCAAGAAUAAAUAUGUGCAAAAUGAGCUCAAAUAUUUGCUGCAAAAAACCUGUUCUUUAAGCAUCAAAGCUUAGUGUUUCAGUCUCACUGGAGUCUAGAGCUCUAAUCCAAGAACUCCACCUGUUUGUGUGGAUUCAUUUAAUAAUUAUGCUACCUUUAAUGUGGGAAUUUCUUAGUAGAAGGCCUUAUCUUAUUUUCUUCUCUGCUGUAGUUAAUUCAAAAAAAAUUAAUACCUGCAUACCCCUGAGUUCCUGUUGAGUCCAAAUGGCUGGCAGGAAUACGCGAGACGGGGGUCUGGUUGCGGCUCUGGGUCUCGUGGUGAGCAGUAGCAUCUCUGCGGGCUCAGGACGGUCACUCAGAGAAGCGGUCCCACUACCCGAGCCUUGGAUCCUUUUAACCAAGGGAAAGUCUGUCUGUCUUCGUGUGCUAGUGCUGAUCGACUGCCGCAGUUACUGCACUUGCUCUCUCGCUCCUGCACUCAAUGUCACGACCACGUUUGUUCUGCCUUGGAUUGAGUCGCAACGACGGUUUGCUACAGUAUAAAUACAAAUCUGAUCUAUCUCUUGAGUAAGAACAAAGCUUUCAUUCUGAGGAGCUGCAGCUUAGUGUUAGGCUUGUUUAAACAGCUUCUUUAAAGGCUUGGGCUUGUCUUUGAGCAGUGUCAGAGUGUGCCGAGCAGAUAGAGCAGGCUCCACUGCCAACUUCCAUAGCGCUCUUCAGGCAAACGCGUCCCCAGGCGUUUUUGCAAGAGUGGAACUAACCACCCCAAGUGUGUGAACGACUCUUUGUUUUCUUUUGUCCAAUCUAUUUUCCUCAGCCGAGUCAGUUUCUUUUAUUAAGUAGAUUAUAUAUUUUGCUCAAAAAGAGCUUUUCUUCCUGAAUUAAAAAGAACGUUGUUAGUUUGGAAAAUUCUUUUAUUCAAUUCUGUCUCCUUUUGAUUUGCCCAAGCAUUCCCAGCUGUUCUCGGAAGCGCUCUCUGAGAGAUGCCCCGAUGCAGGGUUUGCUGUACCUGGGGGGUUUUCUGAGCGCCAUCCACAGUGAAGGAACAGUUGCUUUUUUUUUGUCUUCUGAUGUUACUAAUGGGAGAAAAAUUUUCCCUUCUGGUUUAUCAAACUCAAAAUACUAGAUCUGCACGAGCUGCCUUGUGAUUCUCCUCUUUGCUGGAAGCUCUUCGGCUCCUGGUUCCCUGCGAGCCCUGGUGCGGGCCGGCCUUUCCUCUGCCGGCGCAGCAGGCUCCUGCACGCACGGGCCCCUUCUCCCCACGCUUCUAGCAGCCGUCAGUGGGCGAUGCUUGCAGAGGAACGUCGUUCUUGCCCUGGCAAGCUUGCUGCUCUGCUCUGGGUGUUUCUUGCCUCUAGUAACAUGUAUGCUGGACUCUUUCCUAAUUAAGAUGAAGAGGAAUAGUCUCCUGGCUGGGUGAGGGACAUUAGAACCAGGCUUCAGGGUCCAUUCAGAGAUCUGACAGUAAUCGCCCCCAAAUUGGGACUGCCUGCCUGCAGCCCAGAUAUGAUGAACUGGAGCCUCUGGAAGGGCCCUUGAGGGGUCUCGUGGACGGUGCAGCAGAGGUGUGCAUGUGCUGCUCUGAAGUCUUAAGUUUCACUGUUUACACUGCUCCCCUUACCUUAGGGGCAAGGAGAGGUGCAAAGCUAAGAAUCACUUUCCCCCCCCCCCCCACCUUAAAGUGCAUUUGUCUCAAAGGAAAAACAUGUCAGCUGGGUCAAACAGCCAGUAAGAGCGGGAGGCUGCACCGUGGGGCAUACUCCUCCCUGGAGGGAAGCCUUUGCUUUCUACCCAGAAUAGAUAAGGAUCUCUUUACGUUCCUGUGCACUGGAAUCCCGGUAUCAUACCUUGCAGCUAAGCUCGUUUCUCACACUGAAUGGAGCUAAGUGGAUACAACCAGUGCCUCUGCUUUCAUGCUUGAAAGGAUGCCUACUUCUGCCCUAGAUAUGAAAGCGAGAAGUUUACAAAACCACACUUAUUAGAGCAUUGAAGUGUUUUGUUUACUUCUGAGCUUCUGCAAGCACGAGUACUGUAGCCUAAUAUUUGGACUUGAGAACUUGGGAAUGAAACUAGCAGGAACGGAGUUCAGUUUUACUGUGUCUAAAGCAAGUUUAAAAGAGCACAUGUGGUGAAAGGUGUGUGGUUUAAAUGCAUUUAAUCUGUACUUUGAGGUUUUUGAUAAAGUUUUAAUAAAGGAGAUGCUUCAAAAUAAUAUCUCCUUUUAACUACACUUGAAGGCUGGAAUGUGCCCUGGCUGCUCUUUCUUUUCUGGUGUUUUCAUAACAACUUCAUUAUAACAAACCUUUGUUCCCCCAGCGUGCGUGUUUUUCAGAACUGCCCUUUCUGUGUUCUACUGACCAUUGGAAAAUAACGUGGUACAUUCACUAACAUUCAACUUAAGCAGAUCCAACUUCCUUUCGUCUUAACUUUCCUUAAAAGCCGUGCGGUCUAAAGGUGUGGUGCUCUUGACGCCUCUCUAAAUAGAGUUCAGUCUUGGGGUCUUCCCUGUCUUUUUCCUAUAUCAGUGAUAGAAAUAGUGGAUUCAUCCUAGAAAUAGUCUGUGGAUUUCAGCCUCUGUCAGGCACAUCAUAAUAAGCUAUGUUUGCUCUUGAUACUUUUUGAAGAAGUCUCAUUGAAGAGCUCUUCUGUCUUUUAUGGGCUUUUCACUGCUUGCACAGUUUCAGAUGUGUUGGUUCAAGCCCCACCUGCCUGGAAUACUGCAGCCCACCUUAGAGCUGUUAAGCAGCUCGCAGCGGUUAGGAAAUGAAGAACACAGUGUCCGGAGAGAGUUAAGUGAGUGGUAAUGUAAUUAACCUAACUGAUUUCCCUGGGACCGGGCAGAUAAGGGCUAAUGGGUGUCUUCCUCUCAGGCGCACCCUGAGGUUGAUCAAGACCUGCUUGUUUUCCAUUAAGUAGGCAGUAACGUGCCCCGAGCUGUCCAGCUCUCCCCUGCACUUUGGACAGCGUGCCGACUGGGGCGGGGAGAAAGAUGUUUCUCCAGCGCCUUGAAUAUUCUUGAACGUUGAUGCACGUUAAAUCUUCUGGUUGCCAGAGAUGGCAUGACCGAAGGCUCUGCCUUUCCACGGCCCCGGGGGAAGGUGACCAACAUGCGCAUCUUGGUAGCGACUCUGACUUCCCUCGUGGGUGCGUCUGCCCUGAUAAGCAUAAGCAGACUUAGAGGAUUUAGCUUUUGGAUGGGGAAGAGCUAAGUGGUGUUUGUAUCUCCUAAAACAUUUCUUCAAACUCUCUACCUAAAAGACGUUCUGCAGCGGGGUGAGUACAUGUUCCUGAAUCCCUCUGGGGAGACUGAAAGAUCUGAUGAAAGCCGAGGAAAAUGCUGCAUGCUGCUAACCAAGCCCCACCCUGCUUCUUGACACUGUUGCAUGGCUCUUUGUUCCCAAGGAUGGCGAUGCCUGGGGAUUUGCUUGUAGCUUUCUUUCAGGCAGCUUGAGAAAAGCACAGUGACAGCUGGAAGGCUGAAAAAUGUGGGAAUCUAUCUUGGAGUUUCUCCUUCGCUCUUUACCCAAAUAGUCUUCAUGGAGAGCAGGCAAAAAGCCAGGAAUGUGUUUGACCCAAGGUAGUGUCUUGGAUCAGAAAAGCAGUUACUAAAGAAGUGGCUGAUCUAGUUGGGUGUAGCAUGCUUGGCUUGUAUAGUUGGUUUGGAUUGGUUUUGUUUUGGCAUCUGUCAGCUGUUUGUUGUCUCAUGGGAGUUGAGGUCCUGGACCCCAACUAAUCUAUGAUGGGUGUCUGUCUUUGGCAUAGCUGAAAAAUCCUGGAUGGGGGAGUUCAGGUGAAAUAAAGUAUGUUAGCUGCUGUAUGUUGUUUGUUUGUUUGUUUUUUUCUCUUCCCCUCCCAUCUCUCAAACUGACUUGAAUUCUGACCCUGGAUUGAAUUGGGAAUGGAUCUUGGUAAGAUGUAACUUAAUUUGCAGAGAUGAGUCUGGUCAUCUCAGUUAGUCGUUGUGACAAGGACAGGAAAAGGGUUGUCUGGAUGAUCAUCUUCUAGGAGGCUCUUUGGCUUCUGGGGUUGUACUUAGAUUGGGUUCCAUGAAUUCUCACUUGUCUGAAAUACUGAAUAUUACUUGUCCUGCUAUUAAAGCUGGUACUUCUUGACCUUGAAAAUGGCCUGUCCCAAUUGAAACGAGAAUUCCGAAGAAUGAAGUUUUCUUGUUUUUUACAUUUAGUUUCUGGUAGGUUUUCUGGAGGUCUUCUCAUCUUGAUUUUUGCAGCUUUGACAUGUUUGUGCUCCAACUGCAACCAAGCAAAUUCCACAUGUGAAACAGAUGGUGCGUGCAUGGUCUCUGUCUUUAACCUGGAUGGUGUUGAGCAUCAUGUUCGGACCUGCAUUCCUGAAGCGAAGUUGGUUCCUGCUGGAAAACCCUUCUAUUGUCUGAGUUCAGAAGACCUACGUAAUACUCACUGCUGCUACUCUGAUUUUUGCAACAAAAUUGAUUUAAUGGUUCCCAGUGGACACUUGAAAGAUAAUGAACCGCAGUCAAGCUGGGGUCCUGUGGAGCUAGUGGCAGUGAUUGCUGGACCCGUCUUCCUUGUGUUUGUUGUCAUGAUCAUAGUAGUCUUUGUAUUUCAUCACCAUCAACGAGUCUAUCACAAUCGGCAGCGGCUGGACAUGGAAGAUCCCUCUUGUGAAAUGUGCCUGUCGAAGGAUAAGACCUUGCAAGAUCUAGUCUAUGAUCUCUCCACCUCUGGCUCUGGCUCAGGCUUGCCGCUCUUUGUCCAACGGACUGUGGCUCGAACUAUCGUCCUUCAGGAGAUCAUUGGUAAAGGCCGCUUUGGGGAAGUGUGGCGUGGCAGGUGGCGUGGAGGUGAUGUAGCUGUAAAAAUCUUCUCUUCACGUGAGGAGCGCUCCUGGUUUAGGGAAGCAGAAAUAUAUCAAACUGUUAUGCUGCGACAUGAGAACAUCCUAGGAUUUAUUGCUGCAGAUAACAAAGAUAAUGGAACAUGGACCCAGCUGUGGCUUGUCUCUGAUUACCAUGAGCAUGGAUCUCUCUUCGACUACCUUAAUCGGUACACAGUGACUAUUGAGGGAAUGAUUAAACUUGCCCUAUCUGCUGCUAGCGGAUUGGCCCAUCUACACAUGGAGAUUGUGGGUACUCAGGGAAAGCCUGGGAUUGCUCAUAGAGACUUGAAAUCCAAGAACAUUUUGGUGAAGAAGAAUGGCACCUGUGCCAUCGCUGACCUUGGUCUGGCUGUCCGGCAUGAUUCUGUUACCGAUACAAUUGAUAUUGCACCAAAUCAAAGGGUUGGAACCAAACGAUAUAUGGCCCCUGAAGUCUUGGAUGAAACCAUUAACAUGAAGCAUUUCGAUUCAUUUAAAUGUGCGGAUAUUUAUGCCCUGGGCUUGGUCUACUGGGAGAUAGCUCGAAGGUGCAAUGCAGGAGGUAUCCAUGAGGAAUAUCAGCUUCCAUACUAUGACCUUGUACCUUCUGAUCCUUCUAUUGAGGAGAUGCGGAAAGUUGUAUGUGAUCAGAAAUUACGGCCCAACAUCCCAAACUGGUGGCAAAGCUAUGAGGCGCUGCGGGUCAUGGGUAAGAUGAUGCGAGAGUGCUGGUACGCCAACGGAGCGGCUCGACUCACAGCCCUCCGCAUUAAGAAAACCCUCUCACAGCUCAGUGUCCAGGAAGAUGUGAAAAUCUAGCCCCUGAGCCCCAGCAUGAGGAAACUGCACAAAAGCUGCCAUGCUAGAGUAGACGUGUGAUGGAGGCCUACCUCGUGUUUCUACCCAACCUACUGCUACCAACCAGACAGCGUUACCUACAGGCUGCUAGGUGGGAUGAGGAAGCCUAUUGAAUUGCUCUCUUCCCUACUUGGGUAUGAAACAAUCUGAAACCUUUUAUGAUCACCUCCUGACAGCACGAAGACUUGAGAGGGACUUGCUUUGAGGGAUCUCAGCCAUGGUCGUAACUUUUGUUUCUUUAAUGGAAAUCCCUGUAAAGUUCAGUGUGUAUGGUGCACCCAUUGGCAGGUGUUCACGGCCUGGGUGCUAGGUGCUGGGAGUGGGAAGGGAAAGGGAAGGUUUUCUUGCCGUACUCUGAGGAUUUUUCAGGGACUGGCACAUUAAUGCAGAAAAAGCAUUGAAAAACAAAUGGUGCUCCCUUCUGAGAGGCUGAGCCUGGACAGUUCAUCAGCUUCAUGAAACCAUUUCCCUCCUUUUUCUUAAGCUUGAAAAAUCCUAAGACAAAAAUCCAACUGGCUGUCAGUGUGCGCAAUGGUGUAUGCAUGCGCAAGAUGCGCGUGUCCCCUGUGCCUGUUCAUCUCCUUCUGUAGACGUGCAGUGUCUGCCUGUAGGGUCACUCAUCUCCGUUUGUGCUUUCUGUGCAUGUGCAAAUCUAGAGUGUCCUUUUUUUUGAGCUGUGCGUGCUGGUGCUCUCCUUGUUCAGUAGUGAGCAUUGUCUAGCUUGGACAGGCUGCUUAAAACCAGAUCCUUAGCUCUCCUAUGGGUGCCUUGCUGUCCGUGCGCUGGCUGCAGGAACGUCCCGUUAGGUUGCCUCACUGCCACCCCCUCCCUUUUUUAAAAAACAAAGCGAAACAAAUGAGGAACUGACUUCAUUCCUGGAAUCCAGGCUUUUGUCUUGAGCCCCUGGGGUUUAUAAUUCUUGGUAGCGUAGGGGGAUGCCAUGGAGCUGAGAUGCACGUCAGAGAGCAGGCGCUGCGCCUGGCUGGAAGGAGACUGGGCCAGGGGGAAAUGGCAGGGUGUUCUUGCAGGAAUCCAACUCCCGAGUCCACCGUCAAGGCGUCCUAGCAGGAGCGAUCCGUAACUUGAGGCAGACUACUUAGGGUCUGAGCUGCAAGGAGCCUGCAAACUGGUUCUGCUCUGUACCUCCUGGGGGCAUUCAGCACUUCACAGGCUCUGACAGUGGGGUGUGGGCUUGGAAAUAAAUGUCCAUCUUUUUAAUAUACAUAUAUAAAUAUGUCAUAAUCUGGAAGUGGCUGUGUAUAACUUGUGGGGUGGGGGGAACUGCAUGAGUUUUAUUUUACUUAAAUGACCAAUCAGGGUGAAGUAGAGUUGAUUAGACUGUUGUCUGCAGCUGGGGUUAGCAAAACCUGAAGUAGCUGAGGGCUGAAUCUGUAGCGCUGAUUGCAGCACUGAAAGCAAUCUUGGAAGUAUCAGUUGUUUGUUGGUUAGGUCAGUAUCUAUGGUAUAUAAUUCUGAAGCCAUAACUUUUAACUGGAGUGGUUUUGAUUAUUUUUUUAUUUUAUGGGAGGGUCUGGAUUUUAACUUUUUUUAAUGUUGUUAAUUCUUUAUAAGAGAAGAAAAACAAUCUAUAAUUAUUACCUCUCAACCUGUUUGUUUGUAAAGAAAUCACUGCAAAAAAGGAAAAAAAAACCAAAUGCACGCAGCUCGAUUUACACUGGAACUGUUUCUACUCAAACCUUGAGCCUGCUCUGUAGGGUGAGGUUUCAUCUCUGCUCCGGCCACCGGGGUUAGGUUUUUUCUUUUUAAAAAAUUUUCUUCUUUUUAAACACUCUGUUUUUGCUGUCUGUGUAUCUGUGUGUCUGUCUUCUCCCAGACCCCCAUCUUGUCUGUGAUUUUUAUCUGUGUCAAGUGCAAAGUGUUUUUUGCAUCAUGUUUGGAGCCAUUUUUGCAUUCUCCUGUGGAUUUUAACUGUCAGGCAGUGCAAAGCUGUCUUGGGAGGGUCUACAGACUUCAGACUGAUUCACGGAGCAGUGUGGAGUAUACGCUUUGUGAAUGUACAGCUUCCCUUCCCUUUCUGAUUUGUUCUGACUUGUUUCUCAGCCAGAGGUUACCAUGCAUCCUCAGUACCGUGCAUCCCUUUACCAAACCCUCCUGCAUUUAGGAACCUUGGGUGGAGGGCCCUUAAGAUACCCAGCUGCUGUAACAGGACCCUUGCGAUGGCCCUUCCCGGCAGGUCGGGGAGGAAGUCCUAGCGACCGUGAAACAAACUGCCGUAGGAAAGCCCAUCACGCUGGUAGGUACGUCUGCCACGCGCUCCUCCGUGAGCGUCACGGAUCCUCGUUCCCAAGCACGAGUCUCCUGUUCCUGUCAACUGUGCAGGCUGCUUCUUGAGGACACUAAAAUCAGCUACGUAACUUGCACUGAUUCACUCACCCGCUCCUCCUACUGUAGCCACACAUGCACCUGCCUCAAUGCUAUACCAAACAGCAGAGCUGUAUCGGACCGGACAGGGCGAGGGCAGGAUGGCAGAGUGCCCCCUCCACGGGGGACUGUAAAACAAGCCUUGUUUGCAGAGACAGAUGCCAUCACAGGAUGGUCAAAACAGAGUAGGAUCUGAGAUGGAAACGCUAACUAUGUAGCAUUUAUACAGCACUUUUCAUGCAAACACGUGCCAGUGAGGUGCAGUUGUUACUUAGCUGACUGGUAGCAAGCAUAGGAAUCGCUGCCCGGCUCUGAAAUGUAUCCCAGCUCAGAGGUGGCCGCAGCCACUGUUACAGGAUGCAACACUGACAGUUCAGGACGAGACCAAUGCCACAUCAGUUCAAAACGGGGAGCGGGAGACUUCAGCUUUUUGGGAGAAAAUUGCUGGGGAGAGGCAGAGAUACGGAGCUCGUGCUUCUCGGCUGUGGCACAGGGUUCAUCAGUGGUACGCUGGCUUCAGAACAGAUCUCUUGGUACUUAUCUGCCCCUUUUAUUUGUUUGGUUUUGUACGUUUUAUUAGAAAUGGACUGUAAAAUAGCCACUUAGACACUUUACCUCUUCAGUAUGCAAAUGUAAAUACAAUGUAAUAUAGGAAAUCUUUUGUUUAAUAUAAAACAAGGCUGUCAAUUUCUGCUGUACAUUAUUAAAAGUUUGUUUUAUUCA